AUGAGCAGUUCCUGUGUGACACUGGCCGAGGUCCUCUGGGCAAAAGGAAGCCCUUUGGAGGAAGAAGAAAUAUGGGCACUCUUGUACCUGGCCACAGUGCAGCUUCUGGAGGACCUUCACAAAGGAAUGACACUCUACUGGUCAGCAGACUACCAGGUUCCUCCAAACCAGGCCACAAAUGUCUACAUCAAGAAAAUGGUCCAGUUUGCUCUGGGAAGUGUUGGUGAGGUAGAGCGAGUGGCCGCCGAGGACAGCGCAGCCUCUCAGCUCCACAGGAGCCAUGUGAUAAGAAAAAGGCUGCACGAGAAAAUAUCAGACACCUCGCCGCUCUCCUCCCAGAUGAAUUUUCACCAAGACAAAGGAUCCAGAUUAAUGAAUUACAGUCGGUCAACAGAAGAUUACAGACAACUCUCUGUGGAUUACAGUGACUCUAACAGUAUUUCUGAGACAGGCAUGAGCAGUUCCUGUGUGACACUGGCCGAGGUCCUCUGGGCAAAAGGAAGCCCUUUGGAGGAAGAAGAAAUAUGGGCACUCUUGUACCUGGCCACAGUGCAGCUUCUGGAGGACCUUCACAAAGGAAUGACACUCUACUGGUCAGCAGACUACCAGGUUCCUCCAAACCAGGCCACAAAUGUCUACAUCAAGAAAAUGGUCCAGUUUGCUCUGGGAAGUGUUGGUGAGGUAGAGCGAGUGGCCGCCGAGGACAGCGCAGCCUCUCAGCUCCACAGGAGCCAUGUGAUAAGAAAAAGGCUGCACGAGAAAAUAUCAGACACCUCGCCGCUCUCCUCCCAGAUGAAUUUUCACCAAGACAAAGGAUCCAGAUUAAUGAAUUACAGUCGGUCAACAGAAGAUUACAGACAACUCUCUGUGGAUUACAGUGACUCUAACAGUAUUUCUGAGAGUCCAGAAUUUAUUAUUUUGUCCAGUGAACCACCAGUGACCUUACAGCUGCCUGGAUCCAUUGUGACUAAAAAAGGGAAAUCCUAUUUGUCCCAAAGGGAUCUCAAUGUGAUUCUACUCAACGGGCAGUGCCUUGAGGUGCAAUGUGACAUCAAGUCCAAGGCAAGAGAUGUCUUCAACACCGUGGUGGCGUAUGCAAACUUGGUGGAACAUUUCUACUUUGGCUUGGCUUACCUGAAAGGUAAAGAAUUCUUCUUUUUGGAUGAGGAGACCAAACUCUACAAAGUGGCCCCAGAGGGCUGGAACGACCAACCCAAGAAGAAAACCUCCAUCAUUAAUUUCACACUCUUUCUAAGGAUAAAAUUCUUUGUCAACCACUUUAACGUUAUCCAGCACGGCUUGACGAGGCAUCAGUUUUACCUGCAGCUUCGAAAAGAUAUUUUGGAGGAGCGACUGUACUGCAAUGACGAGACUGCCCUGAAACUCGGCGCCUUGGCGUUACAGGCAGAGCUUGGCAAUUACGCUGCUGAGAUGCAUGGAAAGAGCUAUUUUCGUGUUGAAGACUACAUCCCAGCGAGCCGAAUAGAGAAGAUGACCCUGGCGUACGUACAGCGAGAGCUUGCGAAGUUACAUCGUAUGAAUCGGUCCCUAUUCGAGGAUGAGGCUGAACUGGAAUUCUUAAAGGUGACUCAGCAGCUCCCAGAAUAUGGAGUGUUGUUCUACCGCGUGGGCCAAGAGAAGAAGGGAGCAGGAGGGGACAUCAUCCUGGGAAUCUGUGCCAAAGGCAUCAUUGUGUAUGAGGUGAAAAAUCACACAAGAAUUGCCAGUUUAAGAUUCCAGUGGCGCGAAACAGAGAGAAUUUCAGCUCAUAGAAAAAAAUUCAUGAUUGAAAGCAGCUUCAGUGGCAAGAAACACACCUUCAUCACCGACACAGCAAAGACGUGUAAAUAUCUCCUGGACCUCUGCUCUGCCCAGCACAAAUUCAAUGCCCAGAUGAGCUCUAGGCAACUUCGGCAAACGUCAUCAGAGGAAAGUAAAUUUGUGGAAAUAGACAAAUCGAGUUCCGCGUACGCGGCUCAGCGGGAACACCUGGCCCUCAUCCAGAGACUCUCUCGCUCGGAGAACGUGCUCUACGCAGCCAACCUGGAGAACCUUUCUGCUGGGAUGAUGAGCAAGUCUUGUGACAACCUCAGCGUGGAAACCAACAACAGGACUAGAGAGAAAAGCAAUCUUGGCAGGUCCACAUCAGGGCUAUCCCAGUCGGAAAUGCACAUCAAUUUGAACGGAAAGCAAAGGAGCUAUGACUACCUCUCCAUCCACUCCACUCAGAACACCAUCAGUGCACCUGGAUCACCAGCCAUCCAAAAGGAAGUUUCGCUAAGUGGUCUAGAGAGAGAAAUCAUUUGUGUCAGCCUAAAACGUGACCCCAAGAACGGAUUUGGUUUUGUAAUUAUUGGAGGAGAAAAUGUAGGAAAAUUAGACCUCGGUAUCUUUAUCGCUUCAAUUAUCCCCGGGGGACCUGCAGACAGAGCUGGAAAUAUCAAACCAGGAGGACGGCUCAUCUCUGUGAAUAAUAUUAGUCUCGAGGGCGUUUCAUUUAAUACCGCAGUUAAAAUCAUACAGAAUUCUCCCGACGAAGUGGAGCUCAUCAUCUCUCAACCCAAAGACAUGUAUGAAGAAGGAUUAAAUGAAGAGAAGAAUCUAUCAAGAGGAAACAGCACCAGCGGAUCUGAGAUCUCUUGUGUGGAGAGUGGGAGAAAAAAGAUUCAGGAUUGUCAUACAGCUCUGCCCAAGGAACAGGACAUAAACGUAGAUGAACUGGAGAAGGCUCUUUCCUGGAGUUUAGCACCCGAAUUGGGCCCUAGGAAUCCAGUUCCUUCAGCUGAUAGCCUGGAUGUGGAGGAAGCUGAUUCUUCACACUUGCCAUCUCCAUCGGAAACCAACUCAAAGGAAAUCUACACCGUGGAGCUCGUUAAAGAAGACGGGACUUUUGGAAUCAGUGUGACUGGUGGAAUUAACACUAGUGUGCGCCACGGUGGGAUAUACGUGAAAUCAAUUAUUCCCAGGGGACCAGCAGAUAAGGACGGACAAAUAAAGAUAGGUGAUCGCCUGCUGGAAGUAGAUGGCAUCAGCCUCUGUGGCAUCACCCACAAACAGGCUGUGGAACACCUGAAGAAAUCUGGGCAGGUUGCCAAGCUGGUUCUGGAAAGGGGAAACUACCUACUGGCAGAGCCAUGCCUGGCUGCUAAGGACAGGAAGGAGGACCAAUGUGCAGUGGUUUCUGUGGCAACAUCCUUCACAGAUGGUACCAAGGACUGCUGCUUUCUGACAGAUGAUGAUACAUUUGAAGUCAAAUUGACAAAGAACUCUGGAGGCCUCGGCUUUAGUGUUCUGCAGAUGGAAGGAGAUGCUUGUGAACACUUUGGAGGAGCUAUUGUCAGGAUCAAAAGACUGUUUCCAGGGCAGCCAGCUGAAGAGAACGGCCAAAUUGAGGUCGGAGACAUCAUUUUAGCUGUGAAUGGGAAACCUGUUCAAGGACUCCUAUACCAGGAUGUCCUGCACUUGCUGAGAGGAGCUCCUGCAGAAGUCACACUACUACUUUGCAGACCACCAAAAGGUGUUCUUCCAGAAAUAGAGCUGAGUGCCCUGACUCCAGCACCAUCACCGAUCAAGGAGUUUGUGGCAGAAAUGCCAGGCAGUGCUGAGGUAGGAAACAGUAUGGAUCAGUCUACCAGUGAUGGAGGUAGCACCUCUCCAGACCUCGAAGAGUGCCUGGAUUCUCCAGCAGCAGCAGAUUUCAGUGAGCCUCCCGAGGAGGACAGCUCAGCUUAUGAAGACCAAGAAGCUGAGUUUCAAGAGAAGCCCAUACAGAAACUGACAGCUCCCGGGGAAAGUUUCUACAAGCACCUUUGGAAAUUUCAUCAAGAAGCUUCUGGUUCUGAAGCCUUCCCCUCCCUAGAGGAAGAAGUGAAGCAGAACUGCUACUCACCACAUGAAUUCGGAUGGGCCAAAAGCCUCAUACUUAAUAAGAGUGAUGCUGACCUAUCAAACACAAAAUGUAUGCCUGAAACACUCUCUCUACCCCCUAUUGAUGAAGAGUAUCUCACUGUCAGCUCAACAUCUGUCACCUCACUUUCACGGGGAGGAAGCUCCGAGACGCUCUCCACAACCAUGGUGACCCCACAACCACGUCUCUGUGGUCCCUUCUCAUCGUCCCUGCCUGCUGGGGACACACGUGACAGUGACAAUGAAUGGGAAGACCUGGAGCAACUGGAGGAAGAGAAGGAAGAAAAGGAAGAUUUCACAAGGGAAAUGGAGAUCUUUGUGACUUUGACAAAGUCAGAGAACAACGGUUAUGGAUUCUCUGUAGUUCUUAACAAAGUGGACAACUGCCUGUAUGUUGAUGAAAUCUUGAAUGAGCCUGCCCUGUCUGAUGGAAGACUGAGAAGGGGAGACAGGAUCGUUAUGGUGAACGGAAUUGAUGUCACCUCUUUAUCGUGCAAUGAAGCCCUGACUUUACUGCAAAGCUCUCCUCCUGAUCUGCACCUGGUGGUUGGUCGUGCUGACAGCGAUCCGUGGCCCUCUGUUAGGCCAGAUGAAAUUCCUGAAAUUACUCUCACAAAAGGUGCCAAUGGACAGCUAGGCUUGAAGCUGACAGGAGGAGCUGGAAGCAAGUUGCAAGGUAUUUAUGUGCUAGAAAUAGUGCCUGGCUCUCCUGCCAGCCUGGAAGGCAGUUUGCAGCCACGAGAUCAGAUUGUUUACAUCUGUGGACUGUGGACUGAGGGCAUUAGCCUGGAUGAUGCAGACUUCAUUCUUAACAUUGAGCUGGAAAAAGCUGAAAAUGGAAGCCUGGGAUUUGCCCUGGUGGGUGGAAGGAACGGCAGGGCUAUCCUAAUAAAAGCCAUCAGCCCCGACAGCAUCGCAGAUCUAGAUGGGAGGCUCCAAGUUGGGGACAUUCUACUUAAGGUGAAUGAGACUUUUGUGUCUGGUCUCCCACGCCAAACGGUCAUAGAUUUGCUGCGCAAGGCCCGAGGCACCGUUCAACUCACCGUCUGCCGAAGCCUGGCUUUGCAUUGGGCUUAUUCAGGCAACCAGAGCAACAGCAUCCCUUCCCCCACAGAUACAGAGCUGGUAACUAUAUUCUUGAUGUUUCUCUGUACUGAUUCUUUGUGUUUUUUUCUCAUUUUAAACGUGCAGGAUCUGGAAAGUACACAUAAUUCCCCUCUGCAAGGUCAGAGGGCUGGACAAGACUGUAAGGAUAUCAUCAGUAACAUUUCAGACAGGUCUCAGCCGUGUGUGGGAUGCGAGGGCUGCAGGAGGGAGAGCCAGCAAUCGGAGUCAGGCAGCUGGAACAGCCAGGAGGAGGACAUGCCCCACGGGAUUCCUGCUCUCCCUCGAAGCAGAACCUUUGCUUCUGGAGACGAACUGACCCAGUUAAUUAACUUUAAACCAUCACUGACUGGAGUAGGUGCCAGGACCAGCAUCACAGGGCUCAUUCGAGGCCUUCAGUUGCGGAUGGAGAAUCAAGAGGUGUUAAAGGAGUUUAUGGCUUUAGAACGUGUGAAACCGCUAGAUGACUGCACAACUGGCAAAGCACCAGAAAACCAGGAUAAAAACAGAUACCGAGAUGUUCUUCCAUAUGACGAGACACGAGUUCCCCUGGGAGAACAAAAAGGCUACAUUAACGCCAGUUACGUCAGGAUGGAUGUUGGAGAAGAAGAACAUUUCUAUAUCGUAACCCAAGGGCCUCUGCCAUCCACCACGGCUGACUUCUGGCAAAUGGUCUGGGAGAGUGAAUCGGACGUGAUUGCCAUGAUGACAAAAGAAGUGGAGCUGGGGCAAGUCAAAUGUCACCGAUACUGGCCUGAACCUCCCUGUGACUCUCUGGACCUGGCUAAUUUCCAUCUCAGGCUGGACAAUUAUCAGAUUCUGGAACACUUCAUAAUUAGAACUAUAGAAAUAAUCAACAAGCAGACAGAAGAGAAGCGCGUUCUAUGCCAUUUGCAGUUUCCCUCUUGGCCAGACCAUGAUACUCCCACACUGGCCGAGCAGCUCUUAAAAUUCAUUCACUACAUGAGGAAAGCCCACAGCACAGGACCUGUUGUGGCUCACUGCAGUGCUGGCACUGGAAGAAGUGGAGUUUUGCUGUGUGUUGACGUUCUCCUCAGCUACAUAGAAAAAGAUCUAUGUUUCAACAUCAAGCAGAUAGUGAGAGAUCUGAGAGAUCAGCGUUUUGGCAUGAUCCAAACUAAGGAUGAGUAUUUAUUCUGUUAUGAAGUUGUGCUGGAAGUCCUUCAGAACCUUCAAGCAAUGGAUUCCUACUGACUCUUCCCUGUUGCUGUUUCCCUUGGACUCCAGGGACCACUCAGCAAUUGUUUUAGAGAGACACCAAGCCAGCACAGAGCAGUGUGGCUGUAUGAUGUUGCAUGCUUUGUUAGAUUAUUCGGAUUUCUAAGGCAUUUCCAAACCUUGCUUAACGUGCCCUGGGGAGGUGAUUUAAAUCUUGGCUCCCAGUUUGGAGAAACAGCCAGCCAGUGCUGCAACGCCGCUGUCAAACUGCCAUGGACGAGUACACCUUCUGUGUAAUAACACAGUAAUUGUUAGGAAAAGAUUUUGGGACUGUGACAAGGAGAGAGCAGCCUUUGGAGUUAACUUUACUUUUCAGAGGGCAACUACAAAGGAUUUUGCUAGUGCUGGUGGAAGAUGAGUUGUCCCUCACAUUUUGUUGUGCGCCAUUGGCUUCUGGACCGCAAAUCAGUAUUCUCUACAGAACAGUUAUGGGGUUGUGUGGAAGGACUCCAUUUGUUUACCUUUGGCUGCUUGAAGAAUGUAGAACCCUUUCCACCAUCACUCCAGCUCAGGAAUUUAUACCACCAUCGCUAGACAUCUUAAAUCAAGAAACUCACAGAAAAAUAGGAUGCCUUUCAACCCUGGCUGGUUCUCUUCAAAGCAGGAAGAGCAUUCUAAUAAUUGGAUGGAAGAUGAAUGUUUCCCAGCAAUAUGAACAGCUGUAGAUAGCAUCAGUAUUCUUUCAUGCUGCAUCCAUGUAAAAAGGAAUGCAAAAUUAAGGAAGAUGAAAUGACUGUGUGCAUUUGUGGCAUGUAUAUCCAUUUCAUCUUCUCCUGAUCCUUUCCAGUGAUUAAAUAUCUUGCAAUUCUUAUCUACACACAAAUGUAAUUCUUAUCUCAAUAUUCUUAUCUAUCUUCUGAAACAAUCUACGGGAAGUCUCACUGGUUCCAGAAAGGGCUGAAUCAGAUCUUUAAAUUAGAAUAAAUAACUCUCUGUACAGUUUAUUUCUCUUGUAAAAAGUGUUUCCUCUUAGUGUGAGUUUGAGUGGAUUUGAGCAAAAAUCUGCUGUUCAAGUUUGUAAGAUUGUACUUGUUUCUAUAGUACGACGUCUAAGUCCUUUAUCCAGAAGGUGAUAUAUAUGAAAGUGAAGUUAUUAGGUUGGAAGAGUUAAACAUAGACAAUUAUAACAGCAUUAUUUAACUGAAUUGUACAUAUAUUUAAAGCAUCUUUGAUUUCAGAAAAGGAAAGAAUAUGAAGAGACAUUUGAAUAUAAAGCUACAGU